AUGUCUCACGAAAAAGAAACGUCAGGCGAAGCCUUCUUUCCAGUUCCUCUAGAAGAAAACAGCCCUCAUGCCGGAAGAGAUGAAUUUCGGCAAGAAGAGGGAGAUCAAAAUGAAGAUCUCUUGCAGGUGUUGAUGCAAUUCCUGGAAUCUGAGCAAGUUCUCGACCUUCCAUGCGCGGAAACUGAUACGAAAAGCAGUGAACUCGUUCGAAUUCCACAAGAAAAAGAAAGUCAUGAGGCCGAAAGUGAUGGAUUGCUGAUGCUGGAAGAUAUGGUUGAACAAAAAGAUCUCUUCCAGGAAAAUAAUCAAUUCCUGAAUCUCGAGGAAGUAUUCCAAGUUCAUAGCGCGGAAAUACUGAACAAUGAGCAUCAGGAUUCCACUUCAGGACAACCGUCAGGAGAAAAAAAAUACCUGAAUAUGAAGGAAAACAUUGAGCGUGGAAAGGAGGAUAUCCAAGAGAUGGAAGAAGAGAGCAAAUCUUCUGCUCCUUCAAAAACUGGAUCAAAUGACAUAAAAAAACAAGACAAAAGAGGCAAAUGCUGCGAAUGCAACAAGGAAUAUGUCCAUAUCUCACAACACUCCAGGAACAAGCACAAUGGAAAGUUGGAAAAGUGCACCACUUCUGGUUGCAAGAUAUAUUUCUCAUCAGUUCAAAAGAGAUUCAAGCACGAGCAACGGGAGCAUCGAGAACGAAAGAAAUUCUGCUGUCAAUUAUGCUAUUACUCGACAGCGCAGGAGGGUAACUUGAAAAGACAUGUUCGACACAAGCAUUCUGAAAAGAAAAUCAAAUGUGGACAGCGGAAGUGUGGCAAGAUGUUUGCUUCAGAGACAGAUUUGAAACAGCAUGUCAAGAUGUGUCACAAAAUGGAAAAAUGUCCCACAUGCGGUAGAGAAAUGAGCCUUGCUGCAUUUAAAGAGCACAAACGAUGGGGAAGAUGUCCUGGAACGGCAGCAGAGUGA